AUGGCGUGCUCGGCCGGAUUGAUCUAUGCGCGACAGAAACCGUUCGCGCACGCACGAACCGGGAAAGAAAGGCCGCGAUCGGCCGAAAUUUUCGUAUCGGAACGGACCGACCGUGCCGGUCGAUCCGGGAAACAACGAUCGGCCUCGGCCGAAAUCGCUCGACCGCGACAAAAUCCAUCGGCCAUCGGCCCAAACUUUUCUCGGCCAAGGUACACAAUGGCAAAGACAAAAGGAAAUGAGAGUAUGAAGAAGAAGAAGAACCCAUUCAUGGAACCACCAAAGAAACAAAUCAAGCUAGGGAGUAGUAGCUCCAAUGCAAGAGCAGCAAUACCAACUUCACCACAUUCCAUUGAUGCAAUCAAGAACAUGUGGAGAGUCCAAGAAGAGGAGAAGAUGAUUGGGCACUUGUAA